AUGUCAGUCUCUACCGCUACUCCCACCUCCGUAUCGACACCGACGUCCACAUCCACAGCCACGACUCUGAGCGAAAAGACCGAGAAACUCGACUACCAUUACGCCCAGCCCAAAUGGUGGAAAGAGUCCGUGGUCUACCAGAUCUACCCGUCGUCCUUCCAAGAUUCCAACGGUGAUGGCUGGGGCGACGUCAAGGGCAUCACAUCGCGUGUUGAUUAUCUGAAGAGUCUUGGGAUCGAUGUGGUCUGGCUGAGUCCGAUCUACAAGUCUCCGCAAGCUGAUAUGGGCUAUGACAUUGCCGACUACAAAGACAUCGAUCCCAUGUAUGGAACGCUGCAAGAUGUGGACGAGCUGAUCGCCGAGCUGAAGAAGCGGGACAUGAAGCUGAUGAUGGACCUGGUCGUCAACCACACCUCGAACCAGCACCCGUGGUUCUUGGAGAGUAGAUCGUCCAAAGACAACCCCAAGCGCAACUGGUACAUCUGGAAACCACCAAAGUCUGUCAGCAACGCCGGUGUUCCCGAACCCCCGAACAACUGGGCGCAGAUCCUAGGAGAGGCCAAUUCCGCGUGGACCUACGACACCACCACCGGCGAGUAUUAUCUGUCUCUGUUCACGCCCGAACAGCCCGACCUGAACUGGGAGAACCCCGAAGUCCGCGAGGCCGUAUGGGAUGUGAUGCGAUUCUGGCUCGAUCGCGGCGUCGCCGGCUUCCGGAUGGACGUCAUCAACAUGAUUUCCAAGGAGCAAUCCUAUCCCGAUGCCGCAGUCACACUAGACCCUCUCAGCCACAAAUACCAGCCUGGAUCGCAAUUCUUUGUGAACGGACCAAGACUGCAUGAGUACCUUCGAGAGAUGAACCAGAAAGUACUUUCGCACUACGAGACAAUCACCGUGGGCGAGAUGCCUGGUAUAUCAGAUCCCGAAGAGAUCUUACGCACGGUCGGUUCACACGCAGGGGAAUUGAACAUGAUCUUCAUCUUUGACGUGGUGGACAUUGACAAGCCAAACGUCCGGAUGGCCAUGAAACCAUGGGAUGUCAAGGAACUGAAGUCGAUCGUGAGCCGAUGGCAGCGAUGCAUGAUCGACCGCGACGGCUGGAACUCGGUCUUCAUCGAGAAUCACGACAACCCGCGCAGUGUGAGCAGAUACACCGACGAUGCCGGUGCGGUGCGCGACAAGGGCGCCAAACUGCUCGCACUGAUGCUGACCACGCUGGGAGGCACGUUGUUCGUAUACCAGGGUGAAGAGAUUGGCAUGCGCAAUGCCCCGAUGGAAUGGGAUGUCAAUGCCGAGUACAAGGAUAUUGAGACCCAGAAUUACUGGAAGAAGGUCCAGGACCUGCACGGAGACGACCAGAAAGAGCUCGACCAAGCCAAGAAGAUCAUCCAGAUGAAGGCCCGCGACCACGCCCGCACUCCGAUGCAGUGGAACUCCCAGGAAAACGCGGGCUUCUCCAAACCCGGUGUCAAACCCUGGAUGCGCGUCAUGGACGACUAUAAGGAGGGUAUCAAUGUCGAGGACCAGAUGAACGCCGACGAUCCUAAGGAAUUGUCCACCUGGCAGUUCUGGCAACGAGCCAUCCAAAAGCGCAAGAAGCACGCCGACGUCUUCGUCUAUGGUGACUACGAGGAGGUCGUACACGAAGAUUCUGAUGUCUUUGCAUAUCUCCGCACCAGCGCGAAUGGUGUUGAACGCUGGUUGGUGGUCAUGAACUUUUCCGGCAAUGAUGUUGAGUGGAGUUUGCCCGAGAAUCUGAAGUUGGAAUCUUGGGAUAGCAGCAAUUAUGUCAAAGGCCAGCCAGACAAGCCACAGAAGGGCAAGAUUCCACUCAGGCCAUGGGAGGGGCUGUUGGCAAAGGUGAAGACGGAUUAG